CUCACCAGGCUGCCAGCCCACGGACAACUACGAUCGGCCGCUGGCAACCCUUACAGUUGCGAGGCCGCGAUCGGGGGAAGACAGAAAAAUGGCGGGAACUUGUUCGUCCUUUCUCCUUCAUCUUAGACUGGCGUAUCUCUUUUCCUCUCCUCUCAAUUUAUCCAGGUGAAGAUCUUGGCGUUCCGCAUCCAAGUCAUGCUUGCUGUCGAAGCCCUAGAAAUCCUAGGGCAGAUCCAAGUCCUCGUCAUCGAUAAGCUCCAAGUGGUAUCGUAUAAAUGGCUCAGCCGAAAAUUCUCAGUUUCAUCAAAUCAGGCCAAAAAGUUGCUUCGAGAGUUUGUUGACAAACAUGGCAAUAAUUUGGAAGUGUUAUAUUCGUUGUCUGGGUGGUUGAAAAACAGUUCUGGAACAUACUGCAUAAGACUUGCUUCUGGGAAGAAACUUGAAGAAGUAAUGAAGGAAUUUGAUGGUACUUGUUCAGUUGAGGUUUAUAGUAUUCAAAGUUGUUUGCCAAGAGAUCUUGCUGUGCUUUGGAAUGCUGAAUUUGUUCAAGCAGAGGAGCUCUUUAAUCAGCCAUCAACUGUUGAAAAUUGUUUGAGGAACAAUAGAUUUGGUGGCAUUUCCAACUGCUUUGUUAAACGUGCUGUUAAUGGUCAAUCAGCUGCUGUUUCUUCAACUUCUCAGCUUAAAGAUAAUGUUGGAAUCGUGCAAACUAAAGCCAGUAACGUUACAAAGGAUGAGAAUUUGCAACCUCAGCAGGAAAAUAGAGGGCAAUUUGGUGUAAAGGAGGAGCUGAAGUCUUCUAGUACAGUGGGAUCUAUCGACAAAACUAAUCAAAAUGUUGGUGAAUAUACUAAAAAGACUCAUCCUGUGAAGGAAUCGUCUAAUCCUCUUCAGGCUAAAAGAAAGGGCAUUCCUAAUGAAAAAACCUCUACUGGGCCUGGUGGUUCAUUGGCCACACUGUGGGGCCGCGCAUCAGUGAAAUCAAAACCUUCAAGUAUGGCGUCACGUUCUACCUGUGAUAUUGCAAUUGCAGCCAAUACUGCUGAUGCUCAGAUUUGUGCCGAAGAGGCAGCUGAUGCUGAGAGUAGUGAUGAAGAGGGCUAUAAGUUAUGCUACAAGAGAGAGUCAAAUGGUUCUAGCACCAGGAAAAGACAGUUUAUUAUUAAUUAUUCCGAUGAAGAGGAUGAUGAUGAUAAUGUGGUGUCACUAGCAUCUCCAAUUCCUCCAAAAGAAAAGUCAUUUUCAGAUACUAUGCAAAGUGCUGAAAAUCUGAAUGUGGAGAAAGAGAUACUCUGCACAAAUAAAUUAGAGAGAGAAACAUUGGUGAAUAAACAAGACAUUGAUGACAAAAGUCAUGGGUUAUCAUCUGAAAAGAGCAGCAUUGCUAAUGCAUCUUUUCAAAAGGCUGAAAAUAACUUCCAGAAUGACCUUGCAAGUGCAAAUGGAAAGGACACUGCUCCUAUGGCAUCCAAAAGGAAGAAAGUGGUAAAGACACGAAUCGAUGAGCGAGGAAGGGAAGUGACGGAGGUUGUUUGGGAUGAACCUGUCUGCAGUAAGGAUGCUGACAAGGAUAAAACAACAAAUGAUGCUAGGCCUACUGCGGCAAUCAAAGAACAGGCAACAGCGAGCAAUGCUCCACCUAAUACUGGAAUAAAAGGAGGUACCAAGAAACCACUAAAAGGUGGCGGUAAAGAUACAAAGCAAGGAAAAAUUUUAUCCUUCUUCAAGAAGAUCUAAAUGAGAUUUUAUUCAUCAAAUGCAGUGCAGAAACAGUUUAGAGAUGCUUUGUUGUAUGUACAACCAGAAACUCUAAAGGCUGUGAUGUUAUAAAAUCUUGUAGGUGCUACAAAUCUAUUUCUCAGCCAAAUUCAGAGAUCCCAAUAUCUACCAUAUAUGAAUGCCCGCGUGGUUGUUAAAUUGCACCUGCUAUGUAAUCUCGAAGUCUCGGCAUCCAGGCUUGGAAAUUUUAAGGUCAGGCUGCAUACUUCAGCUCUUUCCAAAUAGGCCAUUUUUUCUCUAUAAAUUUUGUGAUUAAUGCCAUCUUAUGCUAUCUUAUCUGAAGAUUUGUUGAUUUUGUUGUUAACGUUAAUGUUGCAAUUGAAUGGCUUCUUUCUGUGUUCUUCAAAAAAAAA